GAGAGAGGUAGACUUUCAGUUCUUGCCUACAGACACACAGUGAAACAGUAGAUGUCCCCUUAUGCAUUUUUAACAGCUCAGCAGGUGAUGGGAACAGCUUGGUAGGGACAGUUUGUCCACAGAUAGAGUGACCAACUGAUCAGUCAGCAUAGGAACCACCAUCACGUUCUGCUCACCUUUGACCCUGCAUGUGGAAAAAGCUCAGGUGGUGCAACAUACCCAGCCUGAGCCUGCAAACCUCCCAGCUUUCAUUUCUUUGGGAAGACCUCCAGUCUGUCUCAGGAACACUUCACAGUGAGGUCUACCAAUAAGAAUAGGAUGCCUGGAGCCAGUGGCGUCAACAUGGAGGGCUCCUGUGAGGCCUUGUGUCGGACCCUGGUGUCUCAGAACGGCCUCCAGAGAGAGACGGCCGACAUCUCCCAGUCUGUCCUCUACACCUCACUGAUGGGCCUCCUUCUGGUCGCUGACAACGAGAAAGAGCAACUCGCCUUAGGAAGUGGAAGGGUUGGCCUUAGAAACAUAGGAAACACAUGCUUUCUGAAUGCAAUAGUCCAGUGUUUGUCUCACACUCAUGGCCUACGGGACUACUGUCUCCUGAAGCCCUACAGGCAGGAGAAGUUCUCCAAAGAGGAUGCUAAGCUCACAGAAGCUUUCUCUCAGGUGCUGUCGGGCCUUUGGGAUGAAAACGAAGCGGACGCAGUCGUAAACCCAAGACAGUUUUACAAUCUUUUUAAAGAAGCAGUGCCAUACUUCAGUGGUUACAGUCAACAGGAUGCACAAGAGUUCCUCAGGUUCCUAUUGGACAAGCUGCACACAGAAAUCAACCGCAGGCCCUUCGCUCGACGAGCAGGGAAGGAGCCCGAACAGAAAUAUGCCAGAUUUAGGAUUUCGGAGGAGGCAGCUGCCAUGUGGAAGAAGCACCUGGAGAGAGAUGACAGCAAAAUAGUGGACCUGUUCUCAGGCCAGCUGCGGAGCUCGCUGCAUUGCUCAGUGUGUUCCCACUACUCCAACACAUUUGACGUGUUCUGUGAUCUGUCGCUGCCCAUCCCCAAGAGGAGCUCUGCCGGGGAGGUCACACUGAGGGAGUGUCUGGACCUCUUCUCUCAGGAGGAGAAACUGGACAAGGAGAAUUCACCAAUGUGUGAGAGGUGCAACAGGCAUACCGAGUGCACCAAGCGGCUGUCCAUCCAGAGGUUUCCCCAGGUUAUUGUGAUCCAUCUGAAUCGUUUUGCGAUGUCACGGUGGUCUAUCAGUAAAAGCACAGUAUAUGUGUCCUUCCCACUCACUAACCUGGAUCUUGGACCUUAUGGACCCGUUGACUGUGGCCCAGUUCUGUAUGACUUAUAUGCAAUAUGUAAUCAUGCUGGGACAGUGAACAUGGGCCACUACACAGCCUGCUGUUCAGACGAAAACGGUUGGUGCUUCUACAAUGACUCCAGCGUGACUCCAGUCUCAGAGAACCAGCUUCAGACCAAUCAAGCCUAUGUGCUGUUUUACCAGCGCAGCAACAGCACCACCACCACCAAUGUCAGGAAAUAGACCCGAGACUGGCUGAGCCAGGCAGCCAAUCAGAGCAAUUUUACCUCCAGUGUCCAUAGAAACAAAUAGAAGCAGCAGUGCUGUAACUCUAUGAACUUCUUGAUGAGCUCGAGUAAGUGCUGAGGAGGAGGAAAGAGAAGCCACACUCACUUUAAGGGGGCUUGAAGAGGUGAUCUCCCCUCCAAAAUCAUGGAGAUGCUUUUGAAGAGUCUCAUUGCGAGAGCCGAGACGGCUCAGAUACACUGAAGAGUCUCUCUGCCCAAGUCCUCAGGCAGGAGUGAGAGGUAUAUUUGCAAAUGACUCAGAGCUCCUAAUGUAAAAUCAUUGUAAUUCAUGCUUGCUAACAUUAACCAAAAUAUGCAAAAACAAAUCUUGGGUGGAAUAGAAAUAAGGCAACAUUUCAUAACUCAGUUGUGACAUAGAGUUUGCGCAAACUCUCCAACUACAUUUGAAUAUUUAAAACUUUAAGAUGUAAUUGUUUGUAGCCUAUGUAUCUCUGCUGUUUUUUUUUUUUUUUUAAAUCUUAAUCCCACCUCUGGAAGGACAGUCAACUCUGAAACUUGAAAAUAUUCAAAUGGGCUAUUUUUUCCCUCUAACCAAAUAAUAAUUUCUAUGUAUUCUAUUCUAUGUAAAUAUACUCAUAUAUUUAUGUAUAUUUUUUUACAUUUGUGUCGACUGCUAUUGUACAUAUGGACUAACUGAAUGUAUUGCAUUACUGAAAUUUGAAAGUCAA